AUGUCUAGUACAGGAAGACCUGUAUCGAGUAAUACCACUAAUGUAAAUAUAUCAGUUGGCACUGAGAAAUUCCCAGCUGGGACUCAAGUUGCAGUAGGAUCUCACAAAGUCGAGAUUAUUAAAUAUAUCGCUGAAGGUGGAUUUGCUCAAAUUUAUGCAGUCAAAUAUGUAGAAUCAUUGAAUGAAUUCGAAGAUAGCAACACUGAUGAAAAUGCACAUCUUUCAGGGGAUAGGCAAGCUCCAAAUCCGAUGAUAUUGAAACUAGGUGAUAUCGCCUGUUUGAAAAGGGUUUUGGUUCAAGAUGAAAAUGGGCUGAAUGAAAUGAGAAAUGAAGUGGAAGUGAUGAAGAAACUGAAAGGGGCACCUAAUGUUGUUCAAUAUUUCGAUUCGAAUGCUUCAAGGCGCCAUAAUGGUGCCUCUGGGUUUGAAGUCCUUUUAUUGAUGGAAUUGUGUCCGAACAAAUCUUUGUUAGACUAUAUGAAUCAAAGAUUGACCACCAAAUUAACAGAACACGAAAUAUUGAAAAUCAUGUACGAUAUCACAUUUGCAGUUUCUCACAUGCACUAUUUAAAGAUCCCCUUACUUCACAGGGACAUUAAAAUUGAGAAUGUGCUAGUUGAUGCCCAAAACAAUUUCAAGUUAUGUGAUUUUGGAUCAACAUCAACAAGGUUACCUAUAGUUACGACUCAUCAAGAUAUAGCUCUUUUAACACAGAACAUUUAUGUUCAUACUACUCCACAGUAUCGAUCACCUGAAAUGAUAGAUCUUUAUAGAUGUCUUCCAAUCGAUGAGAAAUCUGAUAUUUGGGCAUUGGGUAUCUUUCUCUAUAAAUUAUUGUUUUUCAUUACUCCAUUUGAAAUGACAGGUCAAUUUGCAAUUUUACAUUCGAAGUAUGAAUUCCCCAAGAAUAACUAUUCUUCAAAAUUAAUUAAUCUUAUUAUUAUUAUGUUGGCAGAAAAUCCGAAUUUAAGACCGAAUAUCUACCAAGUGUUGGAUAAUAUAUGUUCAAUGAUGAAUGUUGAAGUACCUAUUGAAGAUAUUUAUGAACAAGGCCCAUAUAACUUUGAGAAAUAUACACAUUUUCAAAACAAGAUACAAAAUAUUCAAUAUCAUGUUUACUUGUUGGAAGACAAGAAAUUUAAAAAUAAGGGUAAACUAAACCAAUCUGAUGUUAGUGUCUUGAACGAUUUAUUCGCUACUUCGUUUGAUAUAGUCCCUAAAGUGACACCAGAAGUUAAUAUACCAUCUCCCUCCCCAGGUCCUACCAUGCCAGAUACGUAUUUGAAAGAACAACAACAAAGAGAAUUUAUCCAAAAACAAGCUGACAACAUGAGUGAUAAAAGAAAAUCAGUUCAAUCAAAUGAUGCCCUGUCAAGACAUACAUCUAAUACAGUUGAUUCUGGAAAUAAAGAUAUUAAUAAUCGAAUGACUGCGGAACAAAUGGAGAUUAAUCCAGUGAAAAGCCAUAUCGAAAACGAUAAAUCGUUGCCAAACUUAGAGCAGUAUUUCCCAACAGUUGGUGAAUUCGAUAGCUUUAUGAACAACGAAAUCAAGCAACAGCAACACCAAAAGCAACAGCCCCCUAUCCAACAAUCUGUAAUGGCAAAUAUAGUUGAACCAGACAUCCCUAAUCAACUAUCGAACGACAACUUCCAUUUGACGCCUAUAGCAAUGAACCAGAGACAAAAAAGUUUAGGGUCCAUGUCAACAGAAGGAAAAUCUAUUAGAAGUAACUCCCAUGGGACUGUAGGUGAAAUAUUACCAAAUGAGUUUACUGCAAAAUCAGAGGCAUCUGUUAGCAUGAAACAACAUAAAUCGAAUAAUCCAUUCCCUAAAAUGGGAUAUGGUGUUUCUACGACAAGUGAAAACAUGGGUAAUUACUUCUUGGAGAAUAUUGACAAUAACAAAAACAAUGUCAAUCUCUCCUCAUCUCAACUGCCACCUGCAAAUCCAUCACCAAUGAAAAUGCAGCAACAGUUAGAUAAAAGGUAUAUCCAGCAACAACAACAACAACAACAACAACAACAGCAACAGCAACAACAGCAACAGCAGCAGCAGCAAAAGCAACAACCGAUAUUUUACAAUCCUAUUGAAAAUCUAGUUCAACCACAGCCGCAACCGUCUGCUCAAGGGCAGCCUUUGAAUCAACUCCCAAAUGUUGGAUCUCUAUCUAGCAAUGCAAGGAUUGGAUUUCAAGGUAUCCCAUCGACCUAUAAUACUCAGACUCAGGUAGCUCCUGUCCAGCAAAUAUCCAAAGGACCUCCUCGACAGGUAAUAAACCCAACUGAACAGCAAAUAGCACCAGUUCCGCAACAAAAAAUUCAACCGGCGAUCGAACAGUUCCAAACACAUUUGAUGGACGAAACAAACGCACCAAUGGUUCCACCACAUCCGCAGAAUAAGAUUUUAAGUGAACGUCGAAUUGAUUCACCUUCUGAAGGGACACCUCCAACAAUGCCACCACAUCCAUCUAAACUAGAAGAAAAAUUACUUAUAGAUUUGUCUCCUCCAAGAGAUAGAAAACCAUUAAUUACCCAAUCCCCUAACGUUAAACAGGUUAGGAGAAGCAUUAGCUUAAGUUCCCCACAAAGGAAAAGAGAUUUAGAAUUAAACUUUAGUGAUAUUUCCAGCUCGCAGUUGACAGAAUCAUAUAAUAACAGCAAUGAUGCAGAUUUAAGAAGUAGUAGUAGUGUGGCUUCCACUGAAAGUAUUAAUAUCAACCUUGAUAGAAUGAAAAAAAAAAACAAUUUAAGCAGAGGACUUAUGAAGGAGAAUAAUAAUAUGGAAAACACCGAGGACAGUGGAUUAAGAGCAAGAAAUAAUGGUACAGUUUCUCAUGAUACGAGAAAAAUUGAACCUAGAACAGGUAGGCAAUCUUUAGAUUUAAGAUACCAAGAAGUGCAUUUUUCACCCGAUCUAAGACAAGAAAUUAUGACUAGUACAAAGAAAAAUGGAAGCGGUAAUAACCUUAAUAAUACAGCCGGGAAUCAUAUCAUUUCGAGCAUAAGAGAGGCGGAUGAUAUUAGUGAUCAUAUCGGCAAUAAUGCUGACAUGAAUACCGACCAUGAUGAAGAAAGUGAUAUGGGUGGCUUUGUAGACGAUGACGGCAACCUGAUUGGAAGGACGGCGUCGGGCAAAAAGAAUAAUCACCACCAUCAUCGUACCCAUAGUAAUCAUUUUACCCGUUUUGAAGGAGGUAGCAAUUCAUUGACUAACAUCAUAAGCAGCAAAAAUGGUCGAAACAGUAAUACAAGGGGAGCGAAAGCUGAUUUAGAUAGGUACAAGGGUUCAUCCAAAAAUAAUAGUAACAGCAGUAUCCAAAUUAGUACUACUAAUACAAAUGAGAUGAAGAAAUCGUUUGCUCGAGCAAGACAAUCAUUAGACCUAGAGAGGAUACGUAGAGAGAGUCUUAUUCCGGGGGAUAAUGGUAAAAGAAGAUCUAUAUUUUCAGUUUUCCGAAACGACAAAAAAUAA